AAAGAUGGCGGACGCUUGAGCCACUUUAGCGCUAUAUCAUUGAGGCUCUUCAGCAUCACCUCAUUUAGACCGUUACUGCUGAUGACCACGUGACCUACAGACACCAACAUGACCUCCUCCUAGACUGUAGGAUCAGAUAUUUUGGCUGGAGUUGCGUGAAGGCGUCAGAGAGAUCAAUGGAUCAGACUAAAGAGCAGAGUGAUGAUUAUGGCUACAACUUGUUUCCGGAAAGAAAGACUAGCAAGUACAAGAAAGGCUCCAUUGGGGAAAGCUUGUUCACCUUCAACCACAAAUGUCAGAUAAUGCUGCAUGUUGCAGUGGAGACAAAUCCAUAUGCAAAAGUUCUUCUCGGCGCCCUGAAGAACUCGGGCUGUGCAGUGUACAAAGACAGACAUUUCUCCUGUGAGGACUGUGAUGGAACCGUUAGCGGUGGCUUCGAUGCCACAACUUCUCAAAUUGUGCUGUGUCAAAACAACAUUCAUCAACAGGCUCAUAUGAACAGAGUGGUCACGCACGAGCUCAUCCACGCGUUUGAUCACUGCCGUGCACACGUGGACUGGUUCAAUAACUUCAAGCACUUGGCUUGUUCAGAGAUUCGGGCAGCCAGUCUCAGUGGAGACUGUUCAUUCAGCAAUGAACUCGCCAGGUUUAAUUUUGGCCUCAAAAAGCACCAUCAGGAGUGUGUGCGGGACCGUGCGACACGCUCCAUCCUCGCCGUUAGGAAGAUCAGCAAAGAGGAUGCGGUGAAAACAGUCGACGAGGUGUUUGACAGUUGCUACAACGAUCACGAACCCUUCGGCCGCAUGCCACACAGUAAAAAAGACGCCAAGUUCGCCUACAGAGAUUUCGAGAACAGGGACCGGUACUAUGCAAACCUAUAAAGUAGCGGUAGAGUCACACACCAGUGCGAAUAAAGUGAAAUAUUUACCCUAAUCCAUGCAGCUUGCUAUUUUAUUACGUAAUCCACUUGACUAUUUAAAUCGUUCUGUGAUUUGUUAUAUUACAUUAAAUAAAUUGUGAGUUUUGUUAAAUGCUAUGUAAUGCUUUAUUAAAUAUAUAUGCCAAAAAAAAAAACAUUUUAAAUCAUAUCAGGUGCAUUAAAUGAAGGAAAGACUAUUUAGGAACUUUGUUAUUAUUAGUAGUUUUAAUUGGUCACUACUAUUAUAUAUUACAAUGUAAUUUUAAACUUCUUUUUAAAUUUAUAAUUGACAAUAUGAUCAGAACAGAUCUGUGACUAAAAUCGAUAAAGGGCAUGUGUGGUACUUUCUGUAUAUUUACAACGAUUAUUACAUACUUAUGAAGAUU